AUGGCCGCCGCCGCCGCACGUCCUCUCGUCUCCGUCCAGGGUUUGGACGGUGACAUGAGCACCGAUCAGUCCUUCACCGUGGUGUUGCCCGAUGUCAUGACGGCGCCGAUUCGCCCAGACGUGGUCAGCUUCGUCCACGCCCAGAUCUCCAACAACAGCCGCCAGCCUUACGCCGUGUCGAAGAAAGCCGGUCACCAGACCUCCGCCGAGUCAUGGGGAACCGGUCGUGCCGUCUCCCGUAUCCCUCGUGUUCCCGGAGGCGGUACCCACCGUGCCGGUCAGGCCGCCUUCGGUAACAUGUGUCGUGGUGGUCGAAUGUUCGCUCCGACGAAGAUCUGGAGGAAAUGGCACCGUCGCGUCAAUGUGAACAUGAAGAGGCACGCAAUCGUCUCAGCGAUCGCCGCGACUGCUGUUCCAGCUCUCGUGAUGGCUCGCGGUCACCGCAUCGAAAACGUCCCGGAGAUGCCCCUUGUUGUCAGCGACACCACCGAGGCACUGGAGAAGACAUCAGCCGCGAUCAAGGCUCUGAAGCAGUUCGGAGCUUACGACGACGCCGAGAAGGCCAAGGACAGCAUCGGGAUCCGUCCCGGUAAAGGUAAGGCGAGGAACCGCCGUUACAUAUCGAGGAAAGGUCCUCUCGUGGUUUACGGAACUGAAGGAGCUAAGAUAGUCAAGGCCUUUAGGAACAUUACUGGUGUUGAGCUCUGCCACGUGGAGAGGCUUAACUUGCUGAAGCUUGCUCCUGGUGGUCACCUUGGCCGUUUCGUGAUCUGGACCAAGUCUGCCUUCGAGAAGCUCGAGUCGAUCUACGGCUCGUUCGAUAAGCCGUCUGAGAAGAAGAAGGGGUACGUGCUUCCUCGUGCGAAGAUGGUGAAUGCUGAUCUCGCUAGGAUUAUCAACUCCGAUGAGGUUCAGAGCGUUGUGAAGCCGAUUAAGAAGGAUGCGAAGAGGGCUGUGAUGAAGAAGAAUCCGUUGAAGAACCUCAACGUGAUGCUCAAGUUGAAUCCUUAUGCUAAGACUGCCAAGAGGAUGUCGUUGUUGGCGGAGGCUCAGAGGGUUAAGGCCAAGAAGGAGAAGCUCACCAAGAAGAGGAAGACUGUCACCAAGGAGGAGGCAUUGGCAAUCAAAGCAGCAGGGAAGUCGUGGUACCAGACUAUGAUCUCAGACAGUGAUUACACCGAGUUUGACAACUUCACCAAAUGGCUUGGUGCUAGCCAGUAA